UGCUUAGAAACCCUCCCGCAGUUUCCAAGGCAUCGCAGCCCAGGCUUCCAGCUCAGCCUCUUUGUUUUGGCGCCUCCGGUGGGGAGGGCCAGGGCGAGAGCGCCGCCUUUGCAGUGCAGAGAAGCGGGCGAAUUGCGCGGCGGGCGAAAGGAAAGCAGAUCCUUUUCUGAAAAUGUUUUUUUCCACUGAAGUUUCUUUUUCGGAGGUCACCAUUACCCUUUUUGUGGUGGCAGCUAUAUUUAUUUCUAUUCACAUGUUAAUGAAGACCAAGCGGCCCCAUCCACCAGGACCUUGGUCAUUACCAAUUCUGGGGAAUCUUCUCCAGGUUGAGGAGCAUCCAUACAUUUCCUUUCAACGCAUGAGAAAGAAAUAUGGAGACGUGUUUCAGAUAAAGCUCGGAAUGGUCCCUGUUGUGGUGGUUAAUGGUCUGGAUGCAGUGAAACAGGUGUUGUUGAGAGAUGGAGAGAGUUUUGCCGGUCGACCUGAUAUGCACACUUUUUCAUUUUUCGCCGAUGGAGAUAGCAUGUCAUUUUCAGUCAACUACGGGGAAAGUUGGAAGCUUCAGAAGAAAAUCGCUGGAAGAGCUUUAAAAUUGCUUUCCAAAUCUGAAGCCAAGUCUUCAACGUGCUCUUGCCUCCUUGAAGAGCAUGUGUGUGAUGAAGCUUCAGAACUGGUGAAAAUAUUGCUGGAGCUCUCAAAGAAUGGUGGCUUUGACCCUGCAGCUGUGACUACCUGUACGGCAGCUAAUGUUGUUUGUGCCCUUUGCUUUGGCAAGAGGUACAAUCAUAAUGAUGAAGAAUUUCUGGGUGUGAUUAAGUUAAAUGAUGAUUUUGUCAAAGCUUCAAGUGCCUUCAAUCCUGCUGAUUUUAUACCCUGCCUACGUUACCUUCCACUGCCAGCUGCAAAAGUUGCUCGUACAUUUUAUAGAAAAUUAAAUGACUUUGUUUCAGCAUGUGUAGAAUACCAUUGUACCACAUACGAUAAGAACUAUGUCAGAGACAUCACUGAUGCUCUGAUUAAUGUUGGCAAUGAGAAAAAAGAGGAUGGCAAAACUGCUGCUUUGUCGGAUAAGAAAAUAAUAAGUACUGUCAAUGACAUUUUUGGAGCAGGUUUCAGUACCGUAUCAGCAUGUUUGCUAUGGAUAUAUCUGUACUUGAUAAGCAAACCGGAAAUUCAAACUAAAAUUCAGGAAGAAAUUGAUGAAAAGAUUGGACUAAGACCACCAAGGUUUGAUGAUCGAAAAUAUCUGCAUUAUACAGAAGCUUUCAUCAAUGAAAUCUUCAGGCACUGUUCCUUCUUGCCAUUCACCAUUCCUCAUUGUACCACGAGAGAUGCUGUUCUCAAUGGGUACUAUAUUCCUCAAAGCACUUGCAUCUUUAUUAAUAUGUAUCAAGUCAAUCAUGAUGAAGAUGUGUGGGAGGAUCCAUACUCAUUUAAACCCGAGAGAUUUCUGAAUGAAAGUGGAGAACUCAAUAAGAGCUUGGUGGAGAAGGUUUUGAUCUUUGGAAUGGGGAUACGAAAAUGUCUGGGAGAGGAACUUGCUCGCAAUGAGGUUUUUGUUAUCAUCACCACCAUCUUGCAGCAGCUGAGACUGGAAAAACCUCCUGAAGAUAAACUAGACCUGACUCCAAUGUAUGGCCUCACCAUGUCACCGAAGCCAUAUCGACUUCAAGCAGCACUGCGCACUUAACAUGAAGUAACAUUUGAAACAGGGGGCAGCUUUCCUUUACAAACCAUAUAGUGUGCAGCAAAUGUUAAGUAACCCUUGAUCGUUGUGUCAAAAUAGCUAUGUGAAGAGGGGGAAUUCAAAUUGAUAUGGGAAAUUAUGGUUUUUGACAGUCAAUAAUAUACAUGUAGUUUUGCUUCUAAGGACAGAGUAACUGUAAAAAAGAGGAUAUGAACAGAAAAAAAAUUGAAUCAUGUAAAUAUAUGUGUCUGAGGUUGAAAAAUGAUUCAGAGAGAAAUGCAUCUGUUAAGCAGGAACAGAGAGACAGAAUUAAUUCUGUAGCAUAUAAGACUGAGGAGAGGAUUUGCAGCUCAACUGAAGAUAUUGGUAUGAGGUUGUGUUAGGCAGUGGGCUUGGCCUUUUCAUGCUUGUUUCCUACAUUACAAUUAAGUAAGGCUGAAUCCACAUAGACUAGAUAAUGCAUAUUUAUCUUGAUGUUCGCCUGUUGGAAUACACAGCAUACAUGUGAAAACACAAAUUUUUAAGACAAUUGUUUUUUUAAAAAAAGAACUCAAAUUCUGUUUGUGGUUGGAAUCAGGAUGGGGAGGAAUGGUUGAUGAGUGGUCAUCUAAGUCAGGUAAUCACUUAGGCUACCUGAUAGCUCCUGCUAUAGCAUGGUAGCAUCCUUGUUUUUAAAUGUAUUUCCACAUUUUUAGUAUCAUUUCAACUUCUUUAUUUCCUGCUUGGUUAAUAUGCUCUCACAUGUUUUAUUUGUCCCUGAAAUAUUGCCCAUAUCAUUUUAAAACGCAUGAAGAAAUAACAGUUCUACCAAGUACUGAUUAUGUAUUUCAGGGUAUUCUGCUUGUUCUUUUAUUGGAAGUCUUGCCAUAUCACAUGAAAACCUUUGUGUUUUGCCAUAAUCUGUGCCAUUUUUUAUGCCAAGAGCAGUUUGUAUCAUUUUGGAAAUAAAUGAGUCUAAUACUUUGGUAA